AUGGCUCAGACUAUCGCCAGAGGAUCGGGCCGAGAUGAUCAACUGGAGAAUAUCGACCAGGCCUUCCAGAACUUCACGAAAGAAUACAAUAAGAAGUAUGAAACGGACGAGCAGUACCAGGUUGCAAAGGCUGCUUUUGCAGAAAGCAUGAGAGAGAUAGAGGAAUUGAGAGCAAAUG